GUUUCGACGCUCAUCUGCUGCUGCUGCUUCUUCUUUGGGGUUCGCUUCUUCGCUGUCCCGUUCGCGAAUCCCUCGAUUUCCGAUCCGGAGGAGGACGACAAGUAGCAUCCUGUCGGCAUGGGGAUAGAGAUCUUGGCGCUUUCCCUCGCUUCUCCUGCCUCCCAGUGGGAGCGUUUGUCAUCAUCUUGUCAAGCAAGCACUAGGGGUUUCAUCGAGAUGGCGAGCCUGCACCUCGGUGCUUCAGCUUUGUCUCAGACGAUGUCGUUGCCCAAAAAGAUUAAAAUGCCUGCAACAUGCUCAAUUCAGAUGUUGAACUAUCCUGGCUGCCACACCGAACCUCAUCGCAGUCCAUGCUACAUAAUGAAUGAUAGGGUUUCAAAAAACUGUUUCUGGAAGCAUGAUUCGUCUUCAUCCAUUCAUAGGAGACCAUUCAAAUUAUACUCAUCAUCCUCGGAAGCAUUGCUCACCUCUACGUCUCAGGCAUCACAGGACACACUUGUCCUGGGCAGUGAAAGAGUAGGAGUUUUGUUGCUCAAUCUAGGUGGGCCAGAGACCCUUGAUGAUGUCCAACCGUUCUUGUUUAAUCUAUUUGCUGACCCGGACAUAAUUCGGCUUCCUAGAAUGUUCCGGUUUCUUCAAAAGCCUUUAGCACAAUUCAUCUCUGUUGUCAGAGCACCUAAAAGCAAAGAAGGGUAUGCUUCUAUUGGUGGUGGAUCUCCGCUGAGAGAGAUAACUGAUGCACAGGCAAAAGCAUUGAGAAAGGCUCUGUGUGACAAGAACAUUCCUGCUAAGGUGUAUGUAGGAAUGCGUUAUUGGCAUCCGUUUACUGAAGAGGCUAUUGAACAGAUUAAAAUUGAUGGUAUCACAAAACUUGUUGUACUUCCUCUAUAUCCUCAAUUCUCCAUAUCAACUAGUGGUUCAAGUCUUCGUCUAUUGGAAAGUAUAUUCAGGGAGGAUGAAUAUUUGGUCAAUAUGCAACAUACUGUUAUACCUUCUUGGUAUCAGCGUGAAGGAUAUAUCAAGGCAAUGGCUGAUUUAAUUGAAAGAGAGUUGCAGAAAUUUGAAUCACCUACAAAGGUUAUGCUAUUUUUUAGUGCUCAUGGUGUUCCACUUGCUUACGUGGAAGAAGCUGGGGACCCUUACAAAGCAGAGAUGGAGGAAUGUGUUGAUUUAAUUAUGGAAGAACUGGAACAACGCGGAAUAACAAAUGGUUACACCCUUGCUUACCAGAGUCGAGUUGGGCCUGUGGAAUGGUUGAAACCCUACACUGAUGAAACAAUAGUUGAGCUUGGGCAAAAAGGAGUAAAAAGUCUUCUAGCUGUUCCUAUUAGUUUUGUCAGUGAGCAUAUUGAAACACUAGAAGAAAUUGAUGUGGAAUAUAAAGAAUUGGCUCUCAAAUCAGGCAUUGAGAAUUGGGGACGUGUUCCUGCUUUAGGAUGUGAGCCUACAUUUAUUUCAGAUCUUGCUGAUGCUGUUAUCGAAAGCCUUCCUUAUGUAGGAGCUAUGGCAGCUUCCAGUAUUGAGGCUCGACAGUCGCUGGUUCCCCUUGGGAGCGUAGAAGAGUUGCUGGCAGCCUACGACUCGAAGCGUUCAGUGCUACCUCCUCCAAUAGCAGUGUGGGAAUGGGGUUGGACGCGAAGCGCUGAGACCUGGAAUGGCAGAGCAGCCAUGCUAGCUGUCCUUGCAUUGCUGGUACUGGAAAUUACUACAGGAGAAGGGUUCUUGCACCAGUGGGGCAAAUGAAAAUUAUUUUGCCUCGCCGAAUCUUGGAGAUUCAAGCAAAUGAGUUGAAGAUAUAUUUGUAACAUUCAUGUCAGGAUCGGAUUGUUACCGACCUCGAUAUGCUAAUGGAGGAUAUGGAAUUAAUAGUGAGUUCCAUGUUGGAGCAUUAGGGGACUGAAUAGAGAGACUUAGCAUGUUUCAUUAUGAUCUACCAAAAAAACUAUUAUAGAUGGGUCUAUGCACUAUAUUUUGACAGAGGAACGAAGUAGUGGUAUGUUACGGAUUUUAUUUCAAUCUCUAAUUUAUUAAUAGUCAAGAUUAAUUUCCUUUAAA